CGCCGGGUCAGCGCCGGAAGCGGCCGUAAAGCGAGGCAGGCCGAGCAGGAUGGGGAUCCCGGCGCUGGGGCCGUGCCUGUGGCUUCUGUUGUCCCUGGCCGUGCCGGCCGACGCCCUGCAGAACGUGACAGCCCAGCUCUUCGGGGCCGAGGACCACGGGACGCUCGCCGCGUUUGGCGACUUCAACUCGGACAAACAGACGGACCUGUUCGUGCUGCGCGGCGGAAAUGAGUUGAUUAUCUUUUUGGCUGAUCAAAAGGAACCCUACUUUAAGCCCCGUGUUAAAUUACCAAUGAAGUCUCUUGGUGUUACCAUAACCAGUGUAGUUCCCGGAGAUUAUGAUGGUGAUUCACAAAUGGAUGUCCUCCUGACUACCCGGGCACAAAGCCAUGGCAGAGAUGAACUUACGGUGUUUAUUUUCUGGGGGCACAACCAGACAUUAGAUCUUAACCAUAAAACUAUGUUAAAUAAGACUUUUUAUGAUGAGCCUCUAAUAAUGGACUUUAAUGGAGACUUGAUUCCUGAUGUCUUUGGUGUCACAAGUGAUUCAAGUAAGCCACAGAUAUUGAUAGGCGGGAACUUAUCAUGGCACACUGCGCUGGAAACUCAAAGUAAAAUGUAUAUACCGCACUCUCAUGCGUUUAUAGACUUAAAUAAUGACUUCACUGCUGAUUUGUUCCUUACUACAUCACCAAAUUCUGGAACCAUUCAGUUUGAGACGUGGGUAAAUAAGGAUGGGAACUUCUCUAAAACUGGAGGAAGUAAAGAAAAGCCCAGUGGUGUGGAAGCUGUUGGACAGUCUGUGUUUGCAGACUUCGAUGGAGACGGACAAAGUGAACAUUUAUUACCAGUCUGUGAAGAAAAACAUGUCAAAAAAAGUGCCAUCUACUUAACUAAGCUAGGAUUGAAUCAGUGGAUUCCAGUCUUGCAAGACUUCAGAAAUAAAGACACACUCUGGGGCUUCGUACCAUAUCAAAAUGACACACCUUCAGCAGAAAUUUCAUUUCCAAUUACGCUUCAUAUUGGAGAUUACAAUAUGGAUGGCUACCCAGAUGCUCUUGCUAUACUAAAAAACACAUCUGGAAGCAAUCAACAAGCAUUUUUACUAGAAAAUGUCCCAUGCAAUAAUGUAAGCUGCAAGAGCGUACGUCGUAUGUUUAAAGUUUUUUGGGAGCUCUCGGAUUUAAAUCAAAUCAAGAAUGCAGUGGUAGCAACCUUCUUUGACAUCUACGAAGAUGGAAUCUUGGAUAUCAUCGUGCUAAGCAAAGGCAGCUCCAACAAGGACUUUGCUAUCCAUACAUUGAAAAAUAACUUUGAAGCAGAUGCCUAUUUUGUUAAAGUUAUUGUUCUCAGUGGCCUCUGCUCUAAUGACUGUCCUCGGAAAGUAACACCUUUUGGCGUGAAUCAGCCGGGUCCCUACAUCAUGUACACUACUGUAGAUGCCAACGGAUACCUGAAAAAUGGGUCAGCCGGACAGCUUAGCCAGUCAGCUCAUUUUGCUCUCCAGUUGCCAUACAACGUGCUUGGUUUGGGACGUAGUGCGAAUUUCCUCGACCAUUUGUUUGUUGGCAUUCCUCGUCCCUUAGGAGAAAAGUCCAUAAGAAAACAAGAAUGGACUGCUAUCAUCCCAAACUCACAGCUUAUCGUCAUUCCCUAUCCUCAUAAUGUUCCUCGAAGCUGGAGUGCCAAGCUGUAUCUGACCCCAAGUAACAUUGUGCUGCUAACAGCUAUAGCCUUAAUUGGCGUCUGUGUUUUCAUCUUGGCAAUAAUUGGCAUAUUACACUGGCAAGAAAAGAAAGCAGAUGACAGAGAGAAGCGACAGGAGGCUCAUCGGUUCCAUUUUGAUGCUAUGUGACAUGCCUUGAUAUUCAUGAAGGAGCUGCUACUCAUUUGCUUAAUUGAAAUACUAAAUUACGAUUUGUAAAAUGAUUACCAUGACAAUACUGCUGGUGUGCUAUUUGUAAAUUUUGCAUUAUUUGGUAUUUAUUUGGAAAGUAUUAAAAUUGUCUCAUAAGGCCUUUCAGUUGCCAGACUGUAUAUAAUAGCCCUUGGUCUUUAUUUAACAGAACUGUACGUUUAUUUUUCUUAGUAAAGGGAUUGUAUUGCAUGUAUCACUGUUUAUGUCCCAGAAAUUCUUUAAUAUAAAUUCCUUAAUAAUAUUUGAUAGAAAGAAAGCUGUGUAAAUUCAGUGAGCAGAUACUCAGUACCAGGUGAAUCGGACCGGUCAUUUAUAGAUCUCCUGCAAAAUAACCUGCAUUCCUGAAAACUAAGCUUGAGAAAUUGCUCGGACUACUUGAUCAGUAGUUAUUUUCAUUGUACUAAAUGGUGCUCAUUCUGUGUGUAUUUUCCUUGUUUAAAUCCAUGCGUACAGUAGUUAAAGAAUUUAGGAAUCAGAACUAAAAGAUACCUGCAAUGUUAAUGCUAGUUUGGUAGCUCAUCGUGGGAUGGAUGCAGUAUUUCUGUGUGAGUUCCAGAGAGAAGACAAUGCAUUAAAAAAUUACAUCAUAAAAAUGUAUCAGCAUUACAUAAACUGCUUUUAUAAUUCAACUAUAGCCACAUUUAUUUUAGAAGGUCUGAAGUUGUUAUGAAAGUAACUUUUUACUUCUGAAAAAAGGUAUCGAGUUUCUUUGGGUUUGUUUUUAAAGAAGUUAAACACUUAGGAGUGGAAGGACAAUAAGGACUGACUCGCUAACAUUUACUGCCAAGAGAUGAGAUAUACAAAGAUUAAAUUAAGAAUAUAAUAGGAUACUUGGAAUAAGCACUGUAGUUCUCUAUGUACACUACUAUGCCCGAGUUUCCUAAGGCUGUGAUGAUAACAUAAGGCGAGUGGCUCAACUAUGUAUGUUUAAUAAAAUAAACUAGCACACCCUUUCCCAACAAACUCCAAAGCGAUGGCCCUAUCCACAGCAGCCUCUCCUCCCAGCUGGCAUCUGUCCUGCAACACUGCCUUUGCUUGCCAACAGUGGAGCAGGAAUGAGAGUCAGGUACAAAGCUGAACAGCGUACAUCCAGGCAAGUCACAGUGAGCUUGGUGCUGCGGCGGUGCUGAGUACUGACCUGCUUGUACAGCAGCACCAAGCCCGAAUCUGAGCACCACUGGCCAGUCUGCCACGCUAUGAUAUUUCACUCUAUAUUUCCAAGGUGAACUGAUUGGCUGCCAACAAAGGAGACUUUCACAUUCUAUUACUGUUGCUAUUCAGGAUGGCAUAUUUCCUUAAUGUACAUCUUUAACAUUGUUCUUACAGUGGCAUGAAAAGGUAAGAUUUUUUUACAUAAAUAUGUAAUGCUCUUCGAGUUGUUAAACCCCAUCAAUACAAUUUGCUCCCUACAGCAAAAGUAAUAACAGAUUUCACAAUUACGAGAAAGCACGAUUCAGUAGAACGUCCUGUCUUGUUCAGAUGGCUGAGAAUAUGGCUGAACGCAUAAUGCCACUGUGGCAACAAAGUUGUCUGUAGCCCUCCAUCCCAAUACAACAAACAUAGAUUGGCCUCCUUAUGGGUCUUUUGGAAAAACAAUUAGGAAAGAAAUAACCUCAUGCUGACAUUUAAGCUGUUAACAAAACAACGAACUCUGUAUCUUUUGCUUUAAGGUGUUCUGCAUGCUCAGUAGUGAAUCACUUUGUAUACAAUGUGUUAUUGGCGCUUUAAUAGCGUUCUUAUAAUGAAGUUUACCACAGUUCCAACUACUCCUAGCUUGGCUCACAACAGGACAUCCGUGCUCUUGGGAAUUACGGCAUUAAAUAUUGUUAAACCUCUUGUCAAAUGUUUCAUGUCAUACUUC